AUGACCGACACCUUCCCCGUCGAGAGGCAGGCACAGUGUGCCGUCCUCGGCGUCGCCUCCACCUUUACUUCUCUGGCCAUUAUAUCCUGCGUGUUGCGCGCUAUUGCUCGCCGCCUCGCCCACCGCUCGCUGGACUCGAGCGACUGGUGCAUCUUUGCAGCAUGCCUCGUCACCACUGUUUACCAGGCAAUCAACAUGACCAGUGUUUUCGUUUGCGGCGUGGGCCUCCAUUUCUCCGAGAUCCUGGAAAAACACGGGACGGAGCCCAUCACGCUCUUUCUCAAGGCAAGCAAAAGCCCUCUCCUCCCCUUGCCCCCCUCGUUCAUUCACUUGAGCAAAAUCUCGAUUUUGAUUCUCUAUACCAAGAUCUUUUCCGUCCCCGCUUUCAUCUGGGCGGCCCGGAUCACGACAGUCAUUAUCAUCAUGUGGGCCCUGACAACGUCCAUCAUGGGCCUCACGAUUUGCCAACCCUUCGCCUUCAACUGGGACCCCACGAUCCCCGACGGACUUUGUGGCAACCAGGUGCUCUCUUAUAAGAUCACUGGAGCCCUCAAUCUCGCCACCGACCUCGUUGUGCUUCUCCUUCCCAUGCCGUACCUAUAUGGCCUGAACCUGGCUCUGUAUAAGAAGCUGGUCCUGAUGGUUACGUUUGCAGUCGGCCUGUUCACCUGCGUGGUCAGCGCUUUCCGGAUCGCCGCCCUCUCGUCCAUCGACUACAGCGACAUCACGUUCAACGUGCCCACGUCGCUCAUCUUCAGCGGCCUCGAGCCCUCCCUGGUCGUGACGCUAGCCUGCGUGCCCGUCCUGCGGCUGCUCCUCGGCAAGAUCAAGGGCUCCAUCUCGGGCUCCGACCUCCGCUCCGGCCAGGCCAACUCGAGCGGGUUCGUCGGCUCCAAGAACAGGUCGUUCGCGCCUCUCAACGACGACUCGUCCCAGUACCAGCUCCGCCCUGUUGGCCCCAAGCACGUCGCCGAGGCCAAGGCCAAGGCCAAGACGCCCAGCACUUGGAGCGGCGACAACAGCGACCGGGAGACGGGGCCUGCUAACAAAACGGGCAGUAUCGUUGUACAGCAGGAGUGGGAUGUGGCCGAGGAGGGAAGGUAG